AAAUGUCCGAAUAAUUUAUGCCGUACAACGCCUAUCCUUUUCGUGGCUGAAAGAAACCAAUCGGAAUGGCAGCGACAAAACGUUACGGGGUCACAAGUUCAAAAGUUCAACCAUUUAUAAACUUCCUCUUCUCAUCGAUAUUUGUCAAUUUGCAUACUAUUAACUCUUAAGCUUUGCUAAAUCGCAGACAUUGUCGCAGAUGUACUUCUGAAAACAUUAUUUUUGCAGGACCGUAUAAUUUGCGAUAAGAAAUAAAUAUCUCUUUUUAGGAUUAAAUCCUCAAUGUGUUUAGAGAGGAAAUUUACAUAAAAUAAUGAACAGAUCGCAUCUUCGGUGAAAUAAUUCGAUUUCUUAAUUAAAUCGAAAUAAUAGAACAUAAUUUUCGCAAAUAUUUUUCAAUCAGAUUUACUUGUUCCGCGGCAUACGCGUCUAGACUUUUUUGUACAUUUGCAAAAGCUGUAUGUUUUAUUACUGUCUUGUAUUAGCCUUUCUUGGCAUAUAUCUACAUUGUACGAUAAUAAUCGGAAUUUAUGAGAUUUUUCAAAUGGACGAAAUAAGUUAUGAGAUGGAUGGAAUAAAUCCCAGAUGAAGAAGUCGUUCUAUCUUCAUCGUUUCUAAUUUUCAACUCGAACUUCUAAUGAAAAUUUAACUGCGAAAGGAACUUACACUAAUGCAAUCUUCUUUAUCGGGAGGAAAAACGCGAACAAUAUUUCGGUGGUACGAACUAAUAUAAUCGUCGAAUGGGUCUCGUGGCGAAGCGAAAAUCGAUACGACAUCCUUCUAAAGAACUCCGAUCCACUCGCAACUUGCCCCCGAUUCUGAUCUCGGAAGGGUCAGAUCUCGUGUGAGAUACAGCUACACACAUUUACUCCCCACCUAUACACCGAAAACAUGUUCUACCACGCAUGCGGUGUUACGAGCUAGCUCUUAUGACGAACGAUAGAACGGGGAGCUGUCUUAUCUCGGCUCUUUUCAAAAUUCUUAUCUCGACAACAAGUGGAGAAGAAGGCGAUGGGAGGUAAUCCCUCUUGUCACGUGUACGUAAAUUUCUACGCCACUAUUUUAAAUAUAUCUCAAGUCUUUCUUUACAGCGACUAUUAAAUUUUUCCAAUAUUUCUGCGACAUCAAGACAAUCGUUCCGAUACACGAGCAAUUAGCAUUCGUUCUCGUUGCGAACACAAAUGCAAUACUAAGCAGCUUCUCAUGUGAAAUGUCGGCGUAUCAAGGCGGAUUCAUAAUGUCGAGCGAGUUAUAAUGCCGAGAAACCCAUAAACGCGCAACGUCGCGUCCGGUUGACUACCCCCGCGGCUGAUACAAAUGUCACGGUGGGCCACCGACUGGACUGGGUUGCAAAACGUGGAUCAGGGAUGGCGCCACCGUGAUACCAACCACCCCUAACUGAAGGCGAGGACCAGCAAAACCACCCCCGUAAAGCAGUCCGCCACCAGGGGAUUUGGACAGCCGCCAUUUCUACCUAACUCCGCAGUAGCUAUAUCCCACGCUUUAAUGCCAAUGAAAUGUCAAGGCACGUAGCGCGUUAUAGACCCGCCGACGGUGUCGGACUGCUCGGCUCGAGUUUGACAAGCUCGCGGAUCGUCGCGUACUGGCGGUUCCUCGCGGUGGGGUGGAUCGCGGUUGCGCUACCGGCGGUGGUGUUGCACGGAGUUCUGGUCGCGAUUGUGCUCGGUGGAUCAGGAACGCCCGCGUCACGCACGAGUCGGCUCACCCACGCCGAUUAAGCGGCACUCGUGUUCCUGGUGUGUUGCUUCCUGGAUCCCACGCGUUCGCGCGUCGCGCGCGCUAUCGAUCAGCCAUCGAUAGAGCAUCAGAAUUCCGGAGGCCUCGCUGUGCACGGAGCUGCCCCCGUUGCGUGCGUACGAAACGACGGCAGACGGCGCGAGCAAACUCGCGGCCACGUUGCUCCAAUUUCGGCGUGUUGACACGACGAUCGGACGAUCUCCUGCUGGCGCAACGCUCAGCCGCCCUGCUGCCGGUAGUAAUUGAUGCGGCUCGAGCAACCGCGGCACAACACGCGAGAGCCGGCUCAUUCACGGCGAAACGAGUGCUCCUGCUGGCGCAACGCCGUCGACCGAAGCUCAGACUUCACCCUCGCUGAACCCUUAACCUUGACGCGGACGGUCCAGCGGCGAAAGUAACGGCUGGCCGGGAGGGGAAGCCACGAGGCGACGAUCACACGAAUACUGGCUGAACAGAGAGAGCCCCUUAUAAAAGUCGCCUAUGCCUCGAAAGACGGUCAGGUAAAAGAACUCGUUCAUCGGAGACCGCCGCCGAAUCGGUUCGCGAUGAGCGAGCAGGAUGUCGAUGACGUUGCUUUUCUGACAGGUAGCGACAGAGAUGUAAGGCAAGAGCGGACGCGUAGUUACGAGCGCGAUGGGUUCACCAUUGUGUGUUCUCGGGGAAGGGCUGUCUGCUUCGUCUUGACCUGCCUCUUCACGGUCCUAGGCGUCGCGAUCAUCAUAGCCUUCGCCAGACCAGCAAAUGUUUGCCCUUGCGAGGAGAAGAAGAUGGACAGCGCGGAGAUAAAUACAAAAAGCACCGUGCUUCUAUCGACUACAAACGAGGAAUUCUUGCAGAUAUUUCCAUGGAACAGCAUAAGAUUACCCACAUUUGCACAUCCUACUAGGUACAAUAUUUCCAUCCAUCCGAAUCUCACUACCACGAGAGUUAGAGGUAAGAACGAGCUGCUUGAACACGUAAUCUCUUCGCGAUUAACUUAUCGCUCGUUCUCUUUUGUAGGACAAGUUACGAUCGAACUGUAUGUCGAUGAAGACACCAAAUUUAUCGUCUUCCAUAGUAGCGGCUUGAUUAUUACUGAAAAAAUGGUCCAAGAACAGCGCAAAGUUUCGAAGUUGAAAAUCGCGAAAUUUCUGGAGUAUCCGCUGCGCGAACAAAUAUAUCUAGAAUUAGACAGCACUUUUCGGAGGAAAACGAACUACACGCUACAUCUAAGAUUCGCCUCUAAGCUGUCUAACGAGCUCGACGGUUUCUAUCUCAGCAGCUACAGCACACCCUCCGGAGAAACAAGACAUGUGGCCGCGACUCAUUUCGAACCGACGUUCGCGCGCACCGCCUUUCCGUGCUUCGACGAGCCGCAGUUCAAAGCCAAAUUCAAGGUGUCGAUAUACAGGGACAGAUUCCACAUCGCGUUAUGCAACAUGCCCGUGAUAAAUACCGACGAGGCUGGAUUUUAUCUGGGCUCAAGCAUUUUACGAGACGACUUUCAAGAGUCCGUGGAGAUGUCGACGUACUUGGUGGCCUUUGUGGUGUGUGAUUUUAAACCAGUUACCUCGAAGAACAGGGGAGACAUACACGUGUACGUCGCGGAACAUCUACUUCCGCAGGCGGUGUAUGCCGCAGACACUGCCGCUGAUAUUAUGGCUUAUUUUGAAUCUUAUUUUGGUAUACCGUAUCCUUUGCCAAAGCAAGAUUUAAUAGCAAUUCCCAACUUCGCGUCCGGUGCUAUGGAAAAUUGGGGCCUAAUCACCUUUCGAGAGGUGGCGAUACUGCUCGACCCAAAAGAAACGUCUCUCGAAGCGCGGGAGGGCAUAGCCGUCACUAUAGCCCACGAAUUGGCACAUCAAUGGUUUGGCAAUCUCGUCACGAUGAAAUGGUGGAACGAUAUCUGGCUGAACGAAGGAGCGGCCAGUUUCUUCGAGUAUAAGGGUGUGCACAACUUUUCGCCCGAGUGGAACAUAAUGGAUACAUUCAUCAUAUACAAGACGCAGCCAGCACUCCGCCUCGACGCUCUGUCCAACAGUCAUCCGAUAAACGUGUCUGUCGAGGAUCCCAGCGAGAUAGAGAGCAUCUUCGAUGAGAUCAGCUAUUACAAAGGCAGCGCCGUUCUUUACAUGCUGGAAAGAUUUAUGGGCGAAGACGUUUUUAAAGCCGGACUGAAUGACUAUCUAAAUCUGCACGCCUACAAAAGCGCAGACACAGAUGAUUUGUGGGCGGCUUUCUCAAGGAGCCUGAAUAAUACGCAUGAUAUCAAAGCGGUAAUGGGCACUUGGACGCAGCAGAUGGGCUUUCCGCUGAUAGUCGUCACUCGCGACGGCGAUACGAUUAAAUUAUAUCAGAAAAGAUUCCUCAUGACACCACCAAAAAAUAAAACCUACGCUUUAGAGCCCAAAUCACCCUUUGACUACAAGUGGUACGUCCCGGUGACCUACUAUACGGACAAACAACCGCACGAGAUUCGCAAAGUGUGGUUGAACAUGACCACUGUCGAAAUAUGGGACAUGUCGCCGUACGACAUCAAGUACAUCAAGUGCAACGUCAACCAAACUGGUUUCUAUCGAGUUAAUUACACGGAAGACAUGUGGGCCGAGAUCAUUAACACUUUGCUCAAUAAUCACACCAUGUUCAGCCCUGCGGAUCGGGCAAAUCUUAUCGAUGACGCUUUCACGCUUAACGAGGCGGGUAUGCUGGACAUCGCGAUCCCAUUGAAUCUCUCAUCUUAUCUUAUCCACGAGAGAGACUACGUGCCAUGGCAUACCGCGCAGGAGUUUCUACAUUCUUGGAGGAAGAAGCUGUACGAGCAUACCGUGUAUAAGAAGUUCACUUUAUUCUUCAGAUAUCUGUUGCGGCCAGUCAUAAAAUACGUCGGUUGGGGCAACGAUGGACCUCAUAUGAAAAAAUUUCUAAGAAAUUCGGUAAUGAAAUCCGCUGUCAUCCUAGGAAUGGAUAAUGAAUUGCAGCCCGCGAAAAGUCUCUUUGACAAAUGGAUGGAUACGGGCGCGCCUAUCCCGCCCGAUAUACGAGAUGUUGUUUACGCGACAGGUAUCAAAUACGGCGGCGAGGAAGCGUGGUUUCGUUGCUGGGAGACUUAUCAGAAGACAGAAGUGUCCAGUGAGAGACAAAUACUAUUGCAAGCCUUGGGCGUGACAACGGAUACCUGGCUGCUUCAACGUUACCUUCUGCUGUCGCUGAACCAAGAUCUAAUCAGGGCACAAGACAUCGGGACCGUCGUAUGGUCUGUCGCCUCCAAUGAAAACGGCCGUCAUCUCGCUUGGCGCCACAUUAAAGCCUAUUGGCCGAAUAUCCAGAUCCUAUUCGGAAACGUGUCUGUCGCGAUGAGCAGUCUGAUAACAGACGUUGUCCCUUUCUUCAACACGGAAUACGAUUAUCGCGAGAUCUCGGAAUUCUUCAAACAUGUCGAAGUCGGCAGCGGUAUGCGCACCUUGAAACAGAGCUUAGAAAAGAUCAAGUCCAACAUACACUGGGUAAAGCACAACGGAGACUGCAUAGACACAGUAAUCAACAACAUUCCGCGCACUCCGCAGAAUAACGACGAGAAUAGCACGAUAGUGAGCUGAAGCGUGCAUUCAGUCGUCACGGCGCUACGGUUAUUUUUUCUACAGUUUUUAUUCAUACGCGAUACACUCUGGAAGGAUACAUGAUGCAGCCUACAAAGAAGAGUAUCCAAGUCGAAAUUUUGAUUAUACUUUCGACCUCGGUCAUUUAAUUUUUAACGCCUACUUGGGAACUUUAAAGCCUAUAUCAAUUUCUUUUGAUUUUAUUUAACUUUAUUAACUAAUAAAUUUAGAUUUGUCGAAAUAUCUUCUUUAAAACUCACAAAUUACAUUUUCUACCAUUUAAAGGCGCUAAGUAGCAUCUCAGUUUCCAUGUGUAAUAAGUAUAUACUGAUCCUUCAGAAUAUACAGAUGUCAGAACGUCUAGGUCGAAAGUAGGUCUGAAAUGUCGACUCGAGCAGGAAGAAAAGCGAAAGCUCCGACACAUUAACUCAGGGGGCGAAAAAGGAAUCUCAUUCAUCAUCUAGAUGUAAAUUCGCUGAUCAAAAGACAUCUAUUCCCGUCACUCCCGUUGGGAGACCGUCUCCGCCAGGCGAAGCGUAGACUUUAAAGGGCGACAAUCCUUGAAAGAAGACAAAUCGAAUUCCCCGACAAGAGAAAGAUACUUUCACUCUCUGUACAAAACUCAUUAUCAUAGUUCGCUUGCCGGAAAGGGUCUCCCGACGCGCACGGACGAAAAGCCGAACUGUUUGUAUGUAAUACAUUAUACACCAAUUUAUACGCACUUUCGAAAGUAUCUAUUUAUUUAAUAAACGUGCACGCAGUGCGUGCCGGUCGGAUCAUUAAGUGUAAAGGGAGAUAAUGAGAGUAAACACAUCGUUGUUCCUAGGGUAGUCGUUGACCCGACACGUUUGACAAGCGAGGCUAAUGACACACGCCUAUUGAUCCUGAAAGCUUUAGUCUCCCGAGUACUUUAUUACAACGAGGAACGACGAUAAUCAUCUCCACGUGAUAUGUUCAUGCCACAUCCCUGAGCCAUUCAGUAAACUGUUGUUUUCAAAGAAAGGAUCGAGCGAGAAAUUUGUCAUGGAGGGGAGCGCGCUAAUUAUACUGUUCGGAAAUAUACGAUUUGUGCGUGUAUCAUUUACGACAAGACAUUGGUGGCAUUUAGAGGUAAAUAUCUGUCGAUCAUGACAAUUAUAAUAUUAAAAUGACAAUGAUAUUACGUCAUAAUAACGAUACAUAGUGAUAAUGUCAUUGUCAUGAUAAUAAUGUUAGCAUGAUCGUACGAGCGAUCGUCCCGCAACCGGUGUCGGGUAAGAUGUAUUUGCGAAUAACGAGCAGCGAUCUCGAAUAUGCAUUUGUAAAUAUCAUAUAUUUUAUAUAGCUGUGUACGCGCUAAUAUAGGAAAUUAGCAUAUAUGAUUACUAAUCAUUUACAAAUGCAUAAACUCUCUCUGUGAUCAGACGAGGACACAACGGACAACUUCGCGUUGCUCGUGAACAUUUUCCCCGACACUGUUCCACGAGUUUAAGUAGCAUAUCAAUGUACGGCAAAGAGGCGUAACACGCUAAAUUGUUCGGGUCUGUGCCUGUGUCUCACAAGCACCGUCCAGAGAGGAACGAAAUAAGACGACGUUAGAGGACUCUUGGUCGCGAGGUCAGGUGGAUUCGUACGUCAAAUUAAUUGUAAAAAAAAAGAAGAAAGCAAGGAAGGAAGGAAGAAAAGAGAUCGAUGUACCAUGUGUGUGUCGUGUAUUCGUGUUUGCUAUAGAUCGCUGAAGGCGCGGGAUACGUCUCGUGUGGAGUUGAUUGUUCUCCACGCGAAGUAGCAUAAAAAUAAAGAAAAGUGGAUAUUUUAUUAUGAGAAA